GACGUCAACUUCCUCUUCCCUUUUCACGCUGCCUUUCGUAGCGUGGCCAGCUGUUGAUCCCCCCUCUGUCGGGUGCGGAACUUUUAGAUCGAUCCAUCGAUGCCCGGAAUACUUCUAAGCGAGGAGAUGGAGAGCGGAGUCGGCAAGAAUAAGAAAGUGUCUAAAACUCCCACACCCAAGAAGAUCAAGAGGAAAAUCCAAAAUGGGGACACGGAAGAACUUGAUUUUGAGCAAGCAACUGAACUCAACGGCCUGGUGACCGAAGAUUCAAAUAAUAACGAUCAGACACCGAAACUGAAGAAGAAGAAAAAGAAGCUUGCUGAAAAAGAGAGUUCUCCUGAAGCAGCUGAGCAGUUGAGUGAGGAGCAAGACAUCUCAGAUGCUCCAACACUGAAGAAAGUAAAAAAGAAAAAGCAAAAAAAGGAUCAGGAAGAAGAACCGGAAGCACAGCAAGAGGCAGCCGAACCUGAGCCUGAGAUCGAUGAAGAAAAAAAAAAUUCCAAGAAAGCAAAAGAAAAUGUUAACAGUGACGACAGCGAUGCUCCUGCAGCAAAGAAAAGAAAAACGGAGCCUGAAGUAAAUGGGCUGAAUGAGGAGUCCAAAGAGGAGGAUGAAGAAAUUAAUUUGGAAAAAAUUGCGGGAGAUUUUUCAAAAUUUCCAAUUUCAGAGGAAACGAUUACUAAUCUAAAAGCCAAAGGAGUCAAUUACCUGUUCCCCAUACAAUCCAAAACCUUCCACACUGCCUUCAGUGGGAAAGAUGUUGUUGUCCAGGCCCGUACUGGCACAGGGAAGACCUUCUCAUUUGCCAUUCCUUUGAUUGAGAAGCUACUUGAAGAUAAACAGCCUCUUGCGCAGGGACGCCCACCAAGGGUGCUGAUCCUUACUCCUACUAGAGAGCUGGCAAUUCAGAUUAUGAAUGAAAUUCGGAGCAUAUCUAAAAAGCUGAAGACAUGUUGCUUCUAUGGAGGAAGUCCUUAUCAGCCGCAAGUAUUUGCUUUGAAAACUGGAAUUGACUUGCUUGUUGGAACACCUGGUCGUAUACGGGACCUUAUCCAGAAUUAUAAAUUGAACCUCACUGUACUGAAACACGUGGUGCUAGACGAGGUGGAUAUGAUGUUGGAGAUGGGGUUUGCAGAACAGGUGGAAGAAAUCUUAUCUGUCCGUUACAAAGCUGAUCCUUCACAGAAUCCACAGACUCUUCUGUUCUCUGCAACAUGCCCAGACUGGAUGUACAAGGUUGCCAAAAAAUACAUGAAAAAUGAGUACGCAAAGAUUGACCUUGUUGGACACCGUAGUCAGAGGGCUGCCACCACCGUUGAGCAUUUGGCUAUUGAGUGUAACCGAUACCAGAAGGCCGCUGCCCUUGGUGACAUUAUUCAAGUUUAUAGUGGAAGUCAUGGGAAAACCAUCGUCUUUUGUGACUCCAAACUAGAAGCUCACGAAUUAUCAACCAAUUGUGGCUCCCUGAAACAGAGUGCCAAAGCUCUACAUGGUGACCUUCAGCAAAAGGAACGUGAAGUCAUCUUGAAAGGCUUUAGGAGUGGGUCAUUCGAAGUUCUUAUUGCAACCAAUGUGGCUGCUCGAGGUCUAGACAUUCCAGAAGUUGAUCUAGUCGUGUUAUUUUCUGCACCAAGGGAAGCAGAUGCAUAUGUCCAUCGUUCAGGACGUACAGGUAGAGCUGGGCGCACAGGAAUCUGCAUCUCUCUUUAUGAACCCAGAGACAGACAUUACCUACCAAUUGUGGAGAGGAGCACGGGUAUCACAUUCAGACGAGUCGGUAUCCCAUCAAUACUAAAUGUUGCCCAGUCCUCCAGCGCUGAUGCAAUCAAGUCUCUGGAUUCCAUCCCUGUUGAUGUUGUUGAACAUUUUAAAGUAUAUGCAGAAGAGCUAAUUGAGAAGAAGGGAGCAUUAAAUGCACUUGCAGCAGCUUUAGCUCAUAUUUCUGGAGCUUCAUCCUUGAAACAGCGAUCACUUCUCAACAUGGAAACGGGCUAUAUUACAGUUGUUUUGAAGACUUCUGUUCCCAUCCAUACUUUAAGCUAUGUUUGGCGUGCAAUUAAAGAACAAAUGGGAGAAGACAUCGAUUCCCAAAUUUACCGAAUGUGUCUUCUAAAGGAUUCCAUGGGUGUUUGUUUUGAUGUUGAAGAAGUAACUCUGAAGAAUUUUCAAGAUUCCUGGAAAGAUUCAAGGCGUUGGCAGCUGUCUGUGGCAACUGAGCUUCCAGCAAUUCACGAAUCCAGAAGAGACGAUGGCCCACGUGGUAGGGGCGGUAGAGGAGGAGGAGGCGGCAGAGGUGGGAGAUCAUUUGACAGAAGACGCAACAACCAGAGAGGUGGAAAUAGAGACGGAGGCAGAAACAGACGAGGGGGUGGAAGGAGGAACUGAGACACUCAAUGAAUUUGAACUAAAUUAUUUUUUUUUUAACUUCAAUAUUCAUGAGGA